GCCAAGAUAAAUACACCGGGGGAUUGUCUUUUGCGAGUCUUUUUCUCCAGACAAGAAGAGUCACUGAGAAAAGAGCAAAAGUUCAGUUGUGUUCGGGAUCGUCGCGGUUUCGCAAGUUAACUAUAUCCAGUGUGUUCAGUGCAAUCCGGUUCUGGGAAGUUCUUAGCAAAAUUUUCACGAAAAAUCUAGAAUUUAUACUCAAAUAUAUACUUAUCCCACUGCUCGCCAUGUUCGGACUUUGGUACUUUUCGCUCGCGUUGGAAGAAAUUAGAAAACGCUUUGGUUUUAUCAAUCGUAUUUUUAUAUUUUUCACCGGCAAUGAUAUCUCGAGCAACAAUCCGGCCCUUACCGAUACCCCGACCGAAGAACCCUGUGAACCAGAGUCUGACAAAACAGCCCAGGUAGAUCCCAAACCAACGGACAAGCCAGUUGACGACGGCCCCGCAACGAAGCCUUCCGGCGUCGAAGAUCUUCCCAAACCCGUCGAACAGCCGCCAAAACCAGUCCAAGUGCCUACCCAGCCCAAAGUAGAAGCCCCACUUAAACCAGCACCCCCCAAACCCGCUCCGGUUCCGGAAACUAAACCAGUUGAAGUGCCUAAGCCAAUCGUUGAACCCGCCAAGCCUAAAGUUGAAGUGCCUGCUCCGGUCCCAACUCCGGUCGCCAAACCCGAGCCAGUGAUCCCGAAAGAACAACCGAAACCUGUCGCGCCGGCACCCAAAAUCCCGGAACCAGCCACUAAUGGCCACCAGACGAAGCCAGCUGUGCCGGAACCAUCAGCCAAACCGGCGGCACCGACCGCCGAAGCAGCGCGACCUUUGAAGCCAACCUCGGCCGAAGAUGGCCCGUUGGCGGCUUCCGCUGCCAAGUCCGCUGCCGUUGAGUUGCCGGCCAGCAAUGAGGACAGUUUUAUUAUAGUCGAGCAGCAAAAACCGAAAGGUCCCGCGGCGGCCGCUCCCACCCCGGCCAGCGUCCGCAACUCGACCGUGGACUUUUUGCGCGCCGAAGGUGGACGCAGCGCACCGGCACCGGCUCAGGUGGCACCUCCCGCAACAAGAAACAAAUCAGACACCAUGGUUGACGCUGCCGUUCUGGAGAAGAUGGAAGCUGGCUUCGCCAAGCUGGCCGCUUCGGACUCCAAGUCCCUGCUGAAGAAGUAUCUGACCAAGGAGGUGUUCGACGCUCUGAAGAACAAGAAGACCUCCUUCGGCUCGACCCUGCUGGACUGCGUCCAGUCUGGUUUCGAGAACCCAGACUCCGGCGUUGGCAUCUACGCUCCGGACGCUGAGGCGUACACCGUGUUCGCUGAUUUGUUCGACCCGAUCAUUGAGGACUACCAUAUGGGCUUCAAGAAGACCGACAAGCACCCAGCGUCGGACUUUGGCGAUGUGUCCACCUUCGGCAACGUCGACCCGACCGGUGAGUUCGUCGUGUCCACCCGCGUCCGUUGCGGUCGCUCGAUGGAGGGAUACCCCUUCAACCCCUGCCUGACCGAGGCCCAGUACAAGGAGAUGGAGGCCAAGGUUUCCGCUACCCUGUCCGGCCUGGAGGGUGAGCUGAAGGGCAAGUUCUACCCGCUGACCGGCAUGGAGAAGGCCGUCCAGCAGCAGCUGAUCGAUGACCACUUCCUGUUCAAGGAGGGCGAUCGUUUCCUGCAGGCCGCCAACGCUUGCCGUUACUGGCCGUCGGGACGUGGUAUCUACCACAACGACAACAAGACCUUCCUGGUCUGGUGCAACGAAGAGGAUCACCUUCGCAUCAUCUCGAUGCAGAUGGGUGGCGAUCUUGGCCAGGUCUACCGUCGUCUGACGAGCGCCGUCAACGAGAUCGAGAAACGCGUGCCAUUCUCCCACAAUGACCGUCUCGGCUUCCUGACCUUCUGCCCGACCAACCUGGGAACCACCAUCCGUGCUUCGGUCCACAUCAAGGUCCCCAAGAUGGCCAAGGACUACGCGAAUCUCGAGAAGGUCGCCGGAAAGUACAACCUGCAGGUCCGUGGUACCCGCGGUGAGCACUCCGAGGCUGAGGGUGGCAUCUACGACAUCUCCAACAAGCGUCGCAUGGGUCUGACUGAGUACGAGGCCGUCAAGGAGAUGUACGAUGGCAUUUCUGAACUCAUCAAGAUUGAGAAGUCGCUGUAAAUCAAAAAAACAACCACUAAACCCAACCCAACCUAACUCUUAUCUUUCACUAACAACACACACAAGCAAGAAAAAAAAACAAUUGAUAAAACCGUUAAAUAAAAGCCAAACAAAAAAAAAGUAAUAAAAUCUAAAAAGUUAAAAUUAUGAUUAUUUUUGAAAUACAUCUACAAUACUAGGCACUCGUUUACACGUUGUACAGAGAGCGAUCCUCUUCUAAACUUUCCAACACCUUUUACCCCCAUCCAUCCGAUCUGGCCGAUCUGCGAUCUGGAUUUGCAGCUGAGCUGCUCCAGCCAGUCACCAGAACGAGCGUAGAAGAGCGAUUCGCAUGGGUGGGUCUCGUUCUGUUUGCCUCACAAACUGAUCGAUGACCGCACACUCUUACUUUGAAGCCGGCGCAUAAUUUUUUAACAUACAUAAACAAAACCACACAUAAAGAAACAAGUUGCGUUUUCGUCUCUAUAUUUUGUCGUCCUCUCUGUGUUAGCAUUCUCCCGUGUUUCCUAACAUAAGAAUCUUGUAAUUUAUUCUUUGAACUGCUGUGAGUUACGUUGUAAGCUGUGCAUUAAUUUCGGUAAUAGUAGUCACUAACCCCGCAAAAGGACAAAGAAUUCUGCAUAAUAUUGGCAUUGAAAAUUACACAAAACACACACACAACAACAAUUGUAGCAUGACCGAAAACGUUGAGUGUCAACAGUAUUUUUUGUAGUCAGAACCUAUUGAACCAACCAACAUCGGAGAGAUCUCUUAGCCGUACUCGACCCGAGCAUGUCACGUGGCGUUGACGAUGUGUGAGGGGGUUGCAAUGGUGGUUUUCGGAUCCUGGCAGUUUCCGCGGGACUGCAGGGAUUGAGCCAUUUUGUUGACCCCCUCCUGAAGUCGAGCGGCAUCGUGCGCGUCGGGGUCGAUCGGUGAAAAUUCCAACCGCCGGACGAUUCAGGCUAUAACAGCAAGCCCACCGCGUGCGAACGCGCUUGGGCUGCACGAAGAAAAGCUAAUAAAGACGCCCGAAAAUUUCAAAUUUACUCAUUAUUUUAAAAAUAAAAAUGAUCAAAAAAUUACAAA